AAAAAAAAAAAAAAAAAAAAUCCUUGUCAUUUUACAACAUUUAUAAAAUUUAGUGAUGGCGAGGAUUGCGGUGGGUACGGUUCGGGAGGGCUACCAGCAGGACUGCCUUCAUGCCUUAGUGGUCGAGUUCAUCUCCACCUUCCUCUUUGUCUUCGCCGGUGUUGGUGCCGCCAUGGCCUCCGAUAAGCUGAAUGGGAAUCCACUAGUGGGCUUAUUCUUUGUGGCGAUGGCCCAUGCCUUAGUGGUGGCGGUUAUGAUCUCCGCCGGUUUUCGCAUUUCCGGCGGCCACCUCAAUCCGGCCGUCACCUUAGGCCUAUGUGCCGGCGGACACAUCACCGUCAUCAGGUCUUUACUUUAUUGGAUAGAUCAAUUGCUAGCUUCGGUGGCAGCAUGUGCUUUGCUCAAUUAUGUCACUGGUGGCCUAACAACACCGAUACACUCACUUGCAAGUGGAGUGGGGUCCAUACAAGGGUUGAUUAUGGAGAUUAUUUUGACAUUUUCCCUGCUCUUCACUGUUUACGCCACUAUUGUGGACCCCAAGAAGGGUAAUCUUGAAGGGCUGGGCCCACUUCUCACUGGGCUUGUUGUUGGCGCCAACAUCAUGGCUGGUGGGCCCUUUUCCGGAGCCUCGAUGAACCCAGCGAGAUCAUUUGGGCCGGCGCUGGUCAGCGGUGAUUGGACGGACCAUUGGAUUUACUGGGUUGGGCCGCUUAUCGGGGGUGGGCUGGCUGGCUAUAUCUAUGAGACUUUCUUUAUUGUUAGGUCUCAUGUUCCACUAUCUGGAGAGGAAACUUUGUAAUUUACAACUUGCGCUGUUUCAUUGUCAAUUUGCUUCUUUUAUUUAUCUCUCGUACUUAUGUAUUCUAACGACUUGCAAAAAUCUGGUCAACUUGUAUUAUCCGAAUAAUUAUUCAUUCCUUUCAACAAACAUUUUACAAAAUUUUCUAGCUUCUAUAACUUUACAUUUCUCAGUGGUUUGUGUUGACCUUCUUGAUUGUAAUGUUGCAAUUUUGUACUACAAAGUUUGUGUCAUGGUUUACUAUUCCAAAGUGUGUAGCAUUGUUAGUCUGAGUGGAGGCAUGACAGAUGAGCUUCAAGUGAUAAGAGGCAUCAGAUAUCUUACUAGUCAAAAUUACUAUGUGGUUUGACGAGAAGGGGUAGCUCAGUUAGUAACACUCUUCACUUGAAAUCGUCAGGUCUCGAGUUCGAGUCAUGCAGGAGGUAAGUGGUGAACCACUAUUGGUCCUCUUAAACAAAAUUACUAUUUGGUUCGUAUACAUGGAGUCAUUGGUGUCCCUUAUGAUCGUUGGAUUUUAUUGUUACAAC